AUGGAGUACAAAUUAGAAAUUUUGAGCUACUUACUCAUUUUUAAAAAAAAAAAUGAACGAAUUGCAAAGUUCGACGAGCAAAUAAAAACCUGCAUUAACAUAUUCGAAAAGGUGUUAAUUGACGAGGAGGAAUUGGCUUACCUGUUCGAGAAAAACAUUUUAGACAUUAACCCUUGUGUUCGUUCCCUAUGUUGGAAGCUAGCUUUAAAGCACCUCAGUUUAAAUACGAGCAGAUGGAAUGAAGAACUUAGUGAAAAGAAGAAGUUGUACGAGGAAUAUAUAAAAUGCUUUGUAUUGAAUCCGCUCAAGGGGGGAAAAAAUAGCACAGAGGGGGUGGACGCAGCAGGGGCCAAAUUGGGGGGUGACGACCCCAAUGAAGACACGUCCUCCACAAAUUUGGAGGACGACUCAGACGCGAACUUCAUAAACUCCGAAUUGUUCAGCCAAAUUAAUAAGGAUACUUUUCGAACCAGACCCGAGUUGUCUUUUUUUAAUUUAAACCCACAGCAAACGAUUAAUAAUAAUGUAAAAAUAUUGAACAGUUUAAUUAGUACAGAAGAGUUUGAAGAAGAGGCGGAAGAGGAAAUACCAUCUCUAGUCAACAUAAAUGAAAUGGGGGAGGGGCCCUCCGAGCAGAGAGAAUCCCAAGAAAAGAAUGCACAAGACGCAAAUGAACAAGUUGCCCCCGUGGUCGAUGAAACUUCCCAAAAAUUUAUAAACAAAUCGAAGGAAGAAUCGCAAAUUGGCCAAAAAAAGAACACCUAUGAACACUCCUUUGGUGACCAUUCAGCAGAUGUUUGCGACAUUGUUAACCCUAAAAGCCAUUACGAUCUGUUGUGUAGAAUUCUAUUCAUAUAUGCAAAAAUUCACCCCUAUGUUAAAUACGUCCAAGGGAUGAACGAAAUUUUAGCUCCCCUAUAUUUUAUUAUUUUUAAUGACCCAUUAUGUAACUGCCCUAUGCAGGGAGAAGCGGAUACCUUUUUCUGCUUCAUCGAAUUAAUGCAAAAACAGAAAGAUAUUUUCUGUGAAGGGUUAGACAAUACAGAUGAUGGAAUUAAUGGGAAGCUAAAAAAGUUCUCCCUCUUGUUAAGAAUAAAAGAAUAUGAACUUUGGAAGAAAUUGUACACACUGAAAAUAGAAACGCAAUAUUAUGCUUUAAAAUGGAUUCUUUUAUUACUAACGCAGGAGUUUGACAUGGCAGACACCAUUAUAUUAUACGACCACUUCAUCAUUAAUAAUGACGAGAACUUCAUUCUGUACAUAUGUCUGGUCAUUUGUGCGAAACUGAAGAGUUCCCUUUUGUGUGGGAAUUUCACUGUGAACCUCAAACUUUUGCAAAACAUCCCUCCAUUUGAUCCUUAUGAUAUAAUUUAUGAAGCUAAAAGUUUAAUGAGCGAAGAUUUUAAAAACAGCUUUAACAUCACAGAUGUGUAUAAUCAGUAUUAUGGACAAAAAAAAAGAAUAAAUUCUUUGGAAAGUCUACAAAAUUGUAAUAGUAUUGUGGACGGUGACACAUCUUCUUAUGAAAAUUUGUCCAGCAUGGACGAGGGAGAAAGUGGCAGCAGACGCGGGUCUCUACUCAACUCCCUUCGCAAUAAAUCCAUUGUACAAAAUAUUAAGAAUUAUAUAAGUAACAAAAUGGAUAUGGCAAAAAGGGCCAAUGAUGAUUUGGACUUCGACGAGUUGUGA